AUGGCGGCGGGGGGGCUGCCGGCGGCGGGCCCGGCCGAGCCCAACCCCUUCUCCUUCCAUGAGUUCGUCCGCAGCAAGGCCCGGAGCGACGAGGAGGUGGGCGACGCCCGCCAGGCGGCGCGGCCCGGCCCGAGCCUCGGCCCCCUCUUAUUCCCGGAUCCGGCGGCGCCCGGAGAGGCGGAGGACGAGGAGGAGGAAUGGAGCGGGAGCUACCAGCCCUUGGCCGUGGAGCAGGCCCAUCUCGCCGCCGCCGGCCCCGCCUCGCCCUCCGCCGCCCCCUUCUUCUGCGAGGGCGUGGGGCUGGCCGGCAGCGAGGACCCGAGCGUGGCCUCCCUCGGAGCCCCCCCGGGGCCGGGCUUUCACUCCCUGCGGCAGCCCAGCUAUGAGGAGCUAAAAGAAGAGAAUGCCAGUUUGAGAAGCAAGAUCAAUAAGCUUCAGAUUUUCUCUGAAACUCAAGCAGACAAGUUGAGGAAGCUUGAAAGAAAGCUCGAAGAAAACAAAAUUAAAGAAGAAAAAGAAGCACAGGAUUUGGAAGCAAUGGUGCAGCAUGUGGAACAAAAUCUCCAGCUGAUGACUAAACGGGCUGUUAAAGCAGAAAACAGUGCUACAAAACUGAAACAGGAAAAUGCGCUACUUCAGGUUCAGCUGAAGAAUUACAAGACAGAGAAUGAAGCCUUGAGGUCGGGCCAGUCGGCGAGCCUGGCCGUGGUGAAACAAAACGCAGACCUUGCCUUGCAGAACCUUCUCACAGUCAUAACGAACUCCCGGUCCUCAAUCAGGCAGCUGGUCUCCGGAGCAGAAUCGCUGCAGCUCGUCGCCGAUCUCCUUAAAUCGAUAGACAGAAUUUCUGAAGUGUCAGAAGAUGGACAGUGACUCAAACAAAACGGACUCAAACGGAGAACUUUGCUUUCACGCAGAAAUCAUUACUUAAAAGUUAAUUUCUCA